AUGUACAAGAAAAAAAAAAUCGUUGAUAUUAGCCUUCAGCUUAAUACAGCCCGUUUAGCGACAAUCGAACAAAACAGGAAAAUAUUAUCGUCUAUUGUUGAAACAAUCAUUUUAAUUGGAAGGCAAGAAAUUGCCUUAAGAGGUCAUCAUGAUUCAGGUCCAAUAUUAUCGAAAGUUUCAAACCAUAAUGACGGAAACUUCCGUGCGUUGUUGCGUUUUCGUGUAGAUUCAGGAGACAAUACUUUAAAUGAUCAUCUAUUACGAAUAGAAGCAAUGCCAUCAAAUCGUUCUACUAGUUACACCAGUCCAAAAAUUCAAAACGAAUUAAUAGAAAUAUGUGGAAAAGUAAUUUUAAAUAAAAUUGUCUCAAAAUGUAACGAAGCAGAAUGUUUUAGUUUACUAGCUGACGAAACUACUGAUAUCAGCGGCAUUGAACAGUUGUCGUUAUGUGUUCGUUACAUUGAAAAAACUAACAGCGGAAGUAUUUUAAAAGAGGAUUUUCUAUCUUUUGUUCCUGUAAAUGAUGUUACCGGAAAAGGACUUAUGUGUACUUUAUUGGAAACAUGUCAAAAUUUAAAGUUGAAUCUAAAAUAUUUAGUAGGCCAAGGAUACGACGGAGCGGCAGCAAUGAGUGGAGAAUUUCAAGGGUGUGCUGCCAAAGUUAUGGAAAAAUAUCCUCAGGCAUUGUAUGUACAUUGUGCUAGUCACUCAUUAAAUUUAGUUGUGAGUGACGCAUGCAACAUUCCUAUUAUCAGGAACAGUCUUGGAUCGAUAAAAGAGACCAUAAAGUUUUUCCGUAUAUCGGCACAACGACAAAGCAUAUUAAAGGAUGUAAUCCACCAAUUAGAGUGUGAAACAAAAAAGCGACGACUAAUGAAGCUUUGUGAAACCAGAUGGAUCGAACGGCUUGACGCUGUAAUUACAUUCAAGGAACUUUUUGUGCCAAUCUUUUUUGCAUUAGAAAAAAUACAAAUGGAUGGUAACAGAGAAGCAUCAAAAAAAGCGUUCACAUUACAACAAGCUCUCAAAAAUGGAAAUUUUAUUCUUGCAAUGGUCGUGAUCCAAGAAAUUUUUUCAAUGGCUCACCCACUAUCAAUCUAUCUACAAAAAGUAAAUGUUGACUUAGCCUCUGCAAUGGAGACUGCUAAUAAUUUAAGUACACUAAUAAAGGAAAUGCGUAGCAAUGUAGAGUCGAAAUUUCAUGAUUUAUUUGGCACAGCUGAACACCUUGCUAAGGAAAUCGGAGAAGAUAUAAAAAUUCCAAGGGUUACACAUUUUCAACAACAUAGAGCAAAUUAUGAGUUAACUUCAGCAGAAAAUUAUUAUCGGGUAUCUAUAUUCAUCCCGUUUAUUGACCAUUUCAUUUCGCAGUUAGAAAUUAGAUUUACCAAACACAAAAAUACACUAUCAAUUAUUCAGAACUUUAUACCAAACAAAUUAAUAAAAUUAUCCGAAAAUGAAAUUGAGACAAGUACGGAAGUGAUGUCAAAACAGUGGCCAGUUGUAAUAAGCUCAUGUGACAAUAUUGUGAACAAAGAAGUUCUAUUGUGGAAACAAAGAUGGAUAGCCGCUGCAGAAGAUAAACUCCCUUGUACUUUUAUAGAUGCCAUAAAUUGUUGUGAUGAGUUACUGUUUCCUAAAGUAUACCAAUAUUUAAAAAUUGGCGCUACGUUGCCUGUCACAGUUGCUAGCGUAGAACGGAGCUUUUCAACGUUAAAACGUUUGAAAUCAUACUUGAGGAAUUCCACGGGGGAAAAUCGUCUAAAUGGAUUGGCUCAUCUAAGUAUUCACAGAGAAAUACCAAUAAAAAGUAGUGAAGUGGAAGCAGUUCCAAGCUUCGUUCUUACAAAAAGAACUCGUUCCAGGAAUCCGUUCCUUUUGGAACGAGUUCCUUCUCAACACUGA